UGGCCUCUGGAAUGUCCCAUAUGUUUCUGGUGUCUACCUGGUCAAGGGCAGCAUCCUGAGGUCGCAACUUGCCCAGCUGGACCUUUUCCACCAUGGAAAACUGGAUGCCGAUAUGGCUCUGUGCCAUAACAUGCGUGAGCAGGGGGUGUUCAUGUUUUUGACAAACCAGCAGCUGUUCGGGCACAUCCUAUCCUUGGAGAAUUAUCAGACAAGCCACCUGCAUAACGAUCUCUGGCAAAUCUUCAGCAACCCGGAGGACUGGAAUGAGAAAUACAUUCACCCAAACUACACGGAUGCCUUAAAAGGCAAAUUGGUAGAAACGCCCUGCCCAGAUGUCUACUGGUUCCCUCUAUUCACCGACGCGGCUUGCGACGAGCUGGUUGAAGAGAUGGAGCACUUUGGCCAGUGGUCCAAGGGAGACAACAAGGACCAGAGGAUUUUAGGGGGCUAUGAGAACGUCCCCACCAUUGACAUUCACAUGAACCAGGUCAACUUUGAGCGAGAGUGGUACAGAUUUCUCCUGGAUUACAUCGCACCCAUCACGGAGAAGCUCUACCCAGGUUACCAUACCCAGACCCAGUUUGAGCUCGCCUUCAUCGUCCGGUACAAGCCGGACGAGCAGCCGUCCCUGAUGCCGCAUCACGACGCUUCCACAUUCACCAUCAACAUCGCCUUGAAUCGCGUGGGGAUCGAUUAUGAAGUGAGUGUAAGAACUUUAGGCCGGCUUGAAGGGAGGGCAAAAUGGCGGAGUCCGUGUAGGAGGGAGAUGGAGAGACAAAAGAGGGUGGACUAA